AUGAUUAUUACCAAAAAUUCAGACCAAAAGACUGUUGAAUUAAAAAAUGAUAUAAAUAACAUACCAGUCUCAAAAACAGAAAACAAAGAGAUACAUAUUUUAAACAAACACUCUAAUACUAUUAAUACACUUUUUAAUCAUACUGUUGGAAUCAUAAUGAAAAAAGGAAAAAAAACAAAAGCACAAAAACAACUUGAAAACGCAUUCUUAUAUAUUAAACAAAAAACAAAUACAAAUCCACAUUUCAUUUUUUCUAAAGCUAUCGAAAAAGCGUCUCCUUUAAUAAAACUUAUAUCUACAAAAAAGGGAUCCAAAUCCAUAAAAAUACCAGUCCCUUUAAAUGAGUAUCAACAACAUAGAAAAGCAAUCAUUUGGAUUCUUGAAGCUAGUAAUAAACGACACAACAGAAACUUUUCAGAACGCCUAGCACAUGAAUUGAUUGCUGUUGUGGAUGGAACUAGUUCUGUUUUCCAAAGAAAAGAGCAGCUACAUAAAUUAGCAUUAAUAAAUAGAGCAAAUGUACAAAUUCGAGCAUAA